AUGGGAACUCUCACGGAGCUGGUUUUCAUCUCAUUAGCCAUCAUCAUCUUUACGGGGCGGUGCCCGGUACACGGUACCAUAAGAAACUAUGGGCCAAUCUUUGAAGAUCAACCAGUCAACACCCUCUUUCCUGAAGGCUCAACAGAAGAGAAGAUAACUUUGGCUUGUCAAGCAAGAGCCAGCCCUCCUGCAACUUACAGGUGGAAGAUGAAUGGCACAGAAAUGAAGAUGGAGCCGGAUACCCGUUACAGGCUGGUUGGGGGCAACUUGGAGAUAAGCAACCCAGUCAAAGCCAAGGAUGCUGGGUCUUACCAGUGUCUGGCAUCUAACCCCAUGGGCACGGUCGUGAGCCGAGAAGCCUACGUCCGCUUUGGCUUUUUGCAGGAAUUCUCCACAGAAGAGCGAGACCCCGUGAAGAUUACAGAGGGCUGGGGGUCGAUGUUCACCUGCAGCCCCCCUCCACAUUACCCAGGCCUGUCCUAUCGAUGGCUCCUGAAUGAGUUUCCCAACUUCAUCCCAGCAGAUGGAAGGCGCUUUGUCUCCCAGAUGACAGGAAACCUUUACAUUGCCAAGACAGAGGCGUCGGACCUGGGCAACUACUCCUGCUUUGCCACAAGCCACAUCGACUUCAUCACGAAGAGUGUCUUCAGCAAGUUUGCCGGACUCACCCUUAUUGCGGAGGAUGCCAGACAGUAUGCACCCAGCAUUAAAGCCAAGUUUCCUGCCGACACCUACGCCCUGGCUGGGCAGCUGGUGACUCUGGAGUGUUUCGCAUUUGGAAACCCCGUCCCUCAGAUAAAGUGGCGAAAGGUGGACAGCUCGCAGCCCUCCAAGUGGAUCUCCAAUGAGCCCCUCCUGCAGAUCCAAAACGUUGACUUUGAAGACGAAGGCACUUAUGAGUGUGAGGCUGAAAAUGCUAAGGGAAGAGACACCUACCAGGGCCGCAUUAUUAUUCAGGCUCAGCCGGAGUGGCUGAAGGUGAUCACAGACACGGAAGCAGACAUUGGCUCUGACUUACGCUGGAGCUGUGCAGCAGCUGGCAAGCCACGGCCUCUGACCAGAUGGCUCCGGAAUGGGCAGCCGUUAACCUCUCAGAACCGCAUCGAAGUGAGCAGCGGAGAGCUGAGACUUUCCAAGCUAGCCCUGGAAGACUCUGGCAUGUAUCAGUGUAUAGCGGAGAACAAACACGGCACAGUGUAUGCAAGUGCUGAAUUAACAGUGCAAGCCUUAGCGCCAGAUUUUCGGCUAAACCCCGUGAAGCGGUUGAUACCAGCAGCCCGAGGUGGGGAGGUCAUCAUCCCGUGCCAGCCAAGAGCAGCACCAAAGUCCAUUGUGCUCUGGACCAAAGGAACUGAACUCCUGAUCAACAGUAGCAGGGUGACUAUUACCCCAGAUGGCACCCUGAUCCUCCGGAAUAUCAGCAAAUCUGAUGAGGGGAAGUAUACCUGCUUUGCUGAGAAUUUCAUGGGAAAAGCCAACAGCACAGGAAUCCUCUCAGUUCGAGAUGCCACCAAAAUCACCCUGGCACCAUCUAGUGCUGACAUCAACUUAGGCGAAAACAUUACCCUGCAGUGCCAUGCCUCCCAUGACCCAACAAUGGACCUAACCUUCACCUGGUCCCUGGAGGACUUCCCCAUUGACUUUGACAGGUCUGAAGGGCACUACAGGAGAGCUAGCAGGAAAGAGGCUAUUGGGGACCUCGCCAUCCUGAAUACUCAGCUGAGGCACUCCGGGCGGUACACAUGCACGGCCCAGACAGUUGUGGACAGCGCAUCUGAGUCGGCCAUGCUGGUUGUAAGAGGACCUCCGGGGCCCCCUGGGGGCGUGGUGGUGGUGGACAUCAGCGACACAGCUAUCCAGCUGAGCUGGAGCCGUGGCUUCGAUAACCACAGUCCUAUUGCCAAAUACACCAUCCAGGCCCGCACCCUACUCUCCAACAAAUGGAAGCAAGUGCGCACCAAUCCUGCAAAUAUUGAGGGCAACGCGGAGACGGCCCAGGUGGUGAACCUCAUCCCCUGGAUGGACUAUGAAUUCCGGGUCCUAGCCAGCAACAUCCUUGGAGCUGGGGAUCCUAGCGGGCCCUCCAGCAAAAUCCGCACCAAAGAAGCUGCCCCUACUGUGGCACCAUCUGGGCUCAGUGGAGGAGGAGGGGCCCCCGGUGAGCUCAUCAUCAACUGGACGCCAAUGCUGCGGGAGUACCAGAACGGGGAUGGCUUUGGAUACAUCCUGUCAUUCCGCAAGCAAGGCACCCAGGCGUGGAAGACCGCACAGGUGCCCCACCCAGAAUCCCUGCACUACGUUUACCGCAACGAGAGCAUCGGGCCCUACACCCCAUUUGAAGUGAAAAUCAAAGCAUACAACAGGAAGGGGGAGGGACCGGAGAGCCUGACUGCCAUCGUGUACUCUGCAGAGGAAGAACCAAAAGUGGCUCCCUCCAGGGUUACAGCCAAGGCCGUUUUGUCCUCGGAAAUGGACGUGUCGUGGGAGCCGGUUGAGCAGGGAGACACAAACGGAGUCCUUCUGGGCUACGAGAUCCGGUACUGGAAGGAUGGCGAUAAAGAGGCAGCAGCAGACAGAGUGAGGACAGCAGGUCUUGUCACCUCAGCUCACGUGACAGGCCUGAACCCCAACACAAAGUACCACGUGACAGUCAGAGCUUACAACCGGGCUGGAACGGGGCCAGCCAGUCCCUCUACCAACAUCACAACAACAAAGCCACCCCCAAGGAGGCCACCUGGUAACAUCUCCUGGACAUUUUCCGGCUCCAGUGUCAGCGUCAAGUGGGAUCCUGUGGUUGCAAAGGCGAACGAGUCCACUGUCACGGGGUACAAGAUGCUCUACCGGCAGGACUCGCACUCCACUCCCACGCUGUACCUGGCCAGCAAGAACCGGAUUGAGAUCCCAGUGCCUGAAGACUCCACUCAUGCUCUGGUGCAGAUUAGGGCAACGGGGCCAGGAGGAGACGGAGUCCCAGCAGAGGUUCACAUCCUCAGAAAUGGCGGCACAAGUAUGAUGGUGGAAAAUUCUGCAGCCAAUCCAGCACCACAUACUGUCAUUAUUAUGACUAACUCUCUAGUGAUGUUGGCUCUGAUUGGCUACUUGGAGCUCUGA